AUGACACCAACUCGAGGAGAGGUCAGCGCGCUAACUAAAGGACUCUCAUUCGAGAUCACCGAGCAUGAGAUUGGAGACUAUGAAGCGCUUCUUGCGCGUACGCAGAACACAUUGGAGCUUGUCGCAGCGAUGGAAGUUGAAGGCCCGAUUUCUGAGUCCCCUGGCAGAUCAUCAACCCAAACCGGACCAGACAACCAUCCCCAGGCAAAAUAUACGCUUUCCUCGGCCGGCGGAUAA